AUGUCCUCUACCAAAGAAACCACUCCAUCCAUAACCGAGCAGGAUGAUCGCUGGACAGCAGUGAACCACUUUCAGUUCCCUCAUCUCUUCCCGCCCUCACGGCCCUACCACGCCGCCAUCGAGCAUGCUUUCAAGAACUCGAUUGAUAAAGGUCUCGAGGACAUAUCGGUAGCCCCCUCUCAGGGCAAAUUCCUCGCCAUACAAUGCCAGAUUAUAGGCGCUAAGCAUGUGCUGGAGAUCGGCACUCUCGGCGCAUACUCAACUAUCUGGAUGGCCAGCGUGAGUCCUGACAUCAGGAUCACCACUAUUGAGAUUGAUCCGCAUAUUGCCGAGAUAGCGCGAGAGAAUAUUAGCUUUGCCGGCCUUGACGAUCGAAUAGAAGUCUUUGUGGGUGCGGCCCUGGAUGUCUUGCCUCAGCUCGACGCAGAGAUUGAACAGGGAAAGAGGGAAAAGUACGAUUUCUCUUUCAUCGAUGCGGAUAAGGAGAAUGCAUUGCCAUAUUUUAAGUGGGUGGUGGAGCAUACGGUGAAAAAGGGAGUUAUCUACAUAGAUAACAUUGUGAGAAAAGGCUUGCUAGCAAACGCAGAGUUGGCGAAGACAGAUCCAAUCGUGCAAGGGAUCAGAAUGGCAGUGGAGGGAGUAGGAAAGGAUGACAGAGUUGAUGCAGUGGUACUGCAGACCGUUGGAGAGAAGAAUUACGAUGGGUUUCUGAUGGCAAUGGUGAUGUGA